AUGGACGGCGACGUGGUGGCCCAGUUCACCGAGAUCACCGGCUCGAACCCUCAGCUAGCGACUCAAUACCUGCAGCUAACCGAUUUCAACAUUGAGCAGGCUAUGCAACUUUACUUUGAAAAUGGUGGUGCACCGUUAACCGAGGAACCUAUACCCUCAACCUCUAGCCCUCAUGCUGCUCCUCGCACGACUGGACGCCAAGAUGAAUCCGAGGUUAUACAUGUUGACUCUGACGACGAUGUCGCAGUGGAUGAAAACCGAUCUACGCCGCGAAAUGAGCCCUCGAGCGGCUCUACUUUUGAUGACGACGCCGCUAUGGCCCGUCGACUUCAGGAAGAGAUGUACAGUGGAGAUGAUAGCAUGGACGAUGUGCGUGCCCCAAUGGCUCGAACGACGGAAACAUUAGUUGGUCCAGAGGCCGAUUUUGACAGUGGUGACAUGCACGCCAGUCUAUUGGGUCAAUUACGUGCUCGUCAACAAGGCAGUCGGCCGGGUAUAUUCAAUCAGAGAGACACAGUAUGGUCGGGAGAUGACGAGGCUUCCCAUCGUGAAAGACUCGCAGUAUCAACAGGUGGCGCUUCUGAGGCCUCGAGCAAAUCAAAUAUGCUUGCUGAAAUGUAUCGCCCGCCUUUUGAGAUCAUGUCCAGGCUCCCAUGGGACUUAGCCCGGCAAGAGGGGCGCGAGAAUGAAAAGUGGUUGUUGGUCAACAUCCAAGACCCCUCCAUUUUCGACUGCCAGGUAUUGAAUAGGGAUCUAUGGAAAGACUCUGGCGUCAGAGACACGGUUAAGGAACAUUUCAUCUUCUUGCAAUAUUCCAAGGAUGAUCCCCGAGCAGCGCCGUACAUACAGUAUUACUUCCAGGGAAAUGAUGUUUCCGACAAUUACCCUAACAUUGCCGUCGUGGAUCCGCGAACCGGUGAACAGAUGAAGGUUUGGUCGGGCCCGCCUGUAAUAAAGGCAGCCGACUUUUUGAUGCAACUUCAUGAGUUUCUAGACCGAUACAGUCUAAAGCACAACGUUCGAAAUCCCGUGGCGAAGAGAAAGCCCGAGCAAAAGGAAAAGAGCAUCGACGCAAUGACCGAGGAGGAGAUGAUGGAGAUGGCUCUGAGAAAUAGUCUUGGAGGAGCGGCGGCGCAGGCUCCGAAGAUGGAGGACCCCGACGAACUGACCCGUAGUACUGAGGAUGUCAAGGGCAAGGGCCGGGUUGCUGAUGCUGAAGAUAUCCGCAAGGACAAGGCCGGCGAAACAGGUUAUACAGAAGCUUCUCCAUUUCGAUCCAUUCCCGACAACCGGCCACACACCGAACCUCCUGCCGAUCCUGCCACCACCACACGCAUUCAAUUCCGACACCCAUCGGGGAGGGUUAUUCGACGAUUUUCCUUGGCUGAUCCCGUUCAGAGAAUAUACGAAUGGCUUAAAGCCGAACCACCCUUAGCGGAGAAAUCGGGCGUGGAGUUUGAACUCAAUUCCAUGGGUCGUAAUUUGAUCGAUGCUCUUGGGAUGUCAGUGGAAGAUGCUGGAUUGAAGAAUGGCACCGUGAUGAUCGGAUAUCUUGAGGACUAG